GUCAACAUUGUCCCAGGAGUGUGAGGCAGGCAGGUCAGGGUUUAGACCUCCCCGACUUUGUGGCAAACAGCAGCUCAGUGACAACUUACAAACCACUAAUGGAAGCACCAAAGGAAGCAGGUCAAGCUUGGUACUGGCCCCAGCGAGCACUGCUGUUACCGAAGACAACUCCUCUUCAGGAGAGUAUUUGACUUCAACUGCUGUACAUCCAAACAAAAGCACGGAAAACAGAAACCUACCUACUUCCGGAAGUCAACUCCAUCAUCUUCACCUGACCCCCUCCUUUACUCUAAAGAGGAAGCAUGAUGUACUGCAGCAUCAAAAUGCUCACCCUCCUCCCAAAAUCUUCCAAACCAAGCGUCUUCCAAAAUGGAAGCCACCUCCAUCCUCACAAGGGAAGGCAAGAGCAGGAGCAGUGAGUGAGGGGAAGAGAGCCAGGCUGAGAGCAUCUGUCUGUGAGCUGCAAACUAAAACUGGUCCUUCACAUGAAACUGGAAUAGUGUUGGGGAUGCAUACGGAGCUAUAUGCCUUGAAGCAAACUCAACAAAUUGGGCAGACAAAGAUGGAAGAGCAGUGCAAUGAAUCGGCAAAGACUCCUUCCAAACAGACCCCAUUUUGCAAACCAUGCAAGCGCAAAUGGGCCAGAUGUAGGACUGACUCAGCCAAAAAUGGACCCAGAACUUUCCAUGGGGGGGCUAAUACAAGUGAGACACACACCCAAUCCAAAGCUGGCUGUCUUGUUGCAACCCUGACAUCUGACUCUAGAGUAAAGGAUUCUGGAAAGCUAAACCCAGAAGAGAAAAUGCAGAUGCUUGAGAAGGCUCGACAGGCUAAAGUGCUGGUGCUAACUAUGGUGUACCGAGAUGGAACAACUCAGUUAGACCCAGAACAGAAGCUCACUCCCCCAAUGUGUGGUCUCCUCAUACUGAUGAAGAACGAUCUUUCCUGCAGCACAUCAGAGGACUCACUUGGACCAAAUGACGAUCUGGUCUGCUUAAAACUAGAGCACACACCUGCAUGGGCCCAGCAACAAACACAUCCAAGCCAGGAGCUUUUUGCUAGGGAUAUGCUGCUACAGGUACUAUCGAGAUCUCAACAGGUGGUGUGCUAUAAAGCCAAAGAUUUUCUGCGCUCAGUUCUGCAGUUUUACAGACGAGAGCUCAACUGGAAGCAAGUGGCAGGCUGUCAUAUCCAGGACCCACAGGUGUCAGGGUGGCUACUGGAUCCCACCAAUCCGUCCUCUUCCUAUCAGGACCUUCUUAAUAAACACUGCAACAGACCCCAUACAACACAUGCCGUGGAUACCCAGAAGGUUUCCCAAAUCAUCUCAAGUCUCUGUUGGCUCUACAGGCUUAAUAUGAAGCUAUGCUCUCGUCUACAGAGCCAGAGGCUGUGGAAGCUCUACUCUGACAUGGAGCUGAACAUGAUCCCUGUUUUGGCAGCCAUGGAGAGCCACCAGAUCCAUGUGGACAAAGAGGCACUUAAGAGGACUUCAGACCUGCUGGGGACUAAAAUGAAACAGUUGGAGCAGGAGGCCCACCAAGCAGCUGGACAAACAUUCCUGGUGACCAGCAACACUCAGCUGCGAACAGUUCUGUUUGAGAAGCUGCGCCUCCAUGAGCGCUGUGAGAACAAGAAGCUUCCCAAGACCAUCAACAAACAACAGCAGUCAACAUCAGAAGCUGCAUUGUUGCAGCUUCAGGACUUGCAUCCUCUGCCAAAGAUCAUUCUGGAGUACAGACAAGUUCAUAAAAUCAAAUCCACUUUUGUUGAUGGGAUUCUCUCAUGCAUGAUGAGCAAGAACCACAUUUCCUCUACAUGGUACCAGACAUGUGCUGUGACUGGAAGAAUCUCUGCAAAGCACCCAAACUUCCAGGCCCUACCAAGGCAGCCGCUUCAAAUCACCAAGAAGCAGUACAUCCAAGGAAAGGAGGAGGAGGUGGUGACUGUUCAUCCUCGGGCUAUGUUCAUUCCUCAUGAGGGCUGGACCUUUCUCGCUGCAGACUUCUGCCAGGUGGAGCUGCGUCUGUUGGCUCACCUCUCCUCUGACCCUGAGCUGCUCCGCAUCUUUACCAACCCCCAGGCGGACGUCUUCACCAUGCUGGCCUCUCAGUGGAAGGGAGUGAGUGAGGAUGAGGUGACUUCUGAGGACAGGGAACAUGCCAAACGCAUCGUGUACACUGUUGUGUAUGGGGCUGGUCGUGAGCGUCUAUCAGGGAUCUUGGGGGUGAGCAGUGAGCAGGCCAGCCGAUUCCAGGACAGCUUCCUCAAGACCUACAGAGAUGUCCAGGCCUUCAUCCAGAGAACCAUCCAGCGGAGCCACAAACAAGGUUAUGUGCUAUCUAUCAUGGGUCGCCGGCGAAACCUCCCCAAUAUUAACUCCACAGACUGGGGCAUCCGCAUGCAGGCUGAGAGGCAGGCUGUCAACUUUGUUGUCCAGGGUUCUGUUGCUGAUCUCUGUAAGAUGGCCAUGAUCAGAAUUUUCAACCUGGUGUCCUCUUCCAGCUCGCUGUCUGCCAGGCUGAUAGCCCAGCUUCAUGAUGAACUUCUGUAUGAAGUGGAGGACUCACAUUUGGAACAGUUUGCAGCUCUAGUGAAAAGCACCAUGGAGUCUCUUCAGCACAUAGACCAUCUAGGAGUCCAUCUUAAAGUCCCCCUAAAGGUGGCGGUCUCCAGUGGCAAGUCUUGGGGAUCCAUGUCUGAGCUUAACAUCCCUCUCAUCUUUGAUUCUGCUUGAGCCACUUCUCCUCUCUCCCUUUUACCACGUCUACCACCAUUCCUACCCGUUAAAUCUUCUUUUACUGUUCGACAUUUUCUCCUUCUCCCUUCAUCACGGUGUGUUCUCAUCUUCCUCCUCUCUCUGGGUUUCUUGUUCCAUUUCUCUUUCUCAUAGUCUCUCUGUUUCACUAAGUCUAUCUCUCCCCCUCUCUCCUCACUUGUCCUGCAUCCACAUCGCUAUGGAAACCAGGCAGCUGCAGCUCCCAGUCCUUGCUUUCACUCCAUCCGUAUCCGGGGGCAACGGCAGGAGCCACAGACUGGAUUGCACCAGUUCUUUUUUCUCUCUCUUACUCUCUCUCUCCAUCCUGCAAAAAAAAAAAAAAAGAUUCCUCAUCCUCCUCCUCUCCUCCUCCGUUUUCACACUAUCUUGUUACAACCAACAAUGUUUUCUUGGGCUUUCUGCCAAGGUGAAGCUACAUGUUUGAGCAAAGGCUUCAUAUUUAUUGGUUCAUAAAAAUGGUUGUGAGAACAGUUUUUUAAAAAGAAGCACUUAAAUUUAUGUGUAACUGAACUGAAAUACGCCGUUUUACUGAAAACGUACUUGUAUUUAUCAUUUCUACGCCUUGUUCAUACUGUACAGAGCAUGCUACAUUUUUACAUUGUUAGAGUUCAUGUUCUUACAGAGGUGUGCAGUAAUUCAAGUAGCAUAAUAAUCUGGAAUUUCCUGUGACCCCCCAUUGUCUAUGAAUAAUUUAACAAAGAAAUUCUUGUUGGAAAAGAGCGUUGGAGAAUAUAGGAAGUCUAUUUUAAUGCCAUGAAGCCUUGGUAUUUUCAGAGACGCUUCUUUCUAAUAAACUUCACCUUGUGUUGGUUUUCAUCCACAUGACUCAAAGCGAAUGAUCUAAUUUUGCUCAACCGUGAGCAUCGAGCUACUCACACUCUCUCCAUCUCAUCUUUUUUUCUGCUCACUUGGCUCUAGCCCACUCACCCCUUUGUCUUGUUUGUGCCUCUGUCUCACACACACACACACACACACACACACACACACACACACACACAUUCCACAAAUGCACACAUCCACACACGCCCACACGUUCUGUCCAUGCAGCCCCCGUAAAUGCACUCACACACAUUCACCGGCUUCCAGGCACACUGACCGAGUUUCCUUGUCUCUGGCAGCCACAGCAAGACUCUUUUUGCCCCUUUUUUUUGUUCUGCAAUUAAGACUCUUUAAGUCUACAAAAUGGGUCUGGCAGAACCGUACGCCCCGUGACAUUUCAAACAAAGCCUUACCCCUGUCAUGCAUUUUAAAUCUCACCUCAAGUUGGCUGCUAGUUAUAGCAGUUGACACUUUUUAGGUCCGGACAAAGGUAGAGUGUGGAAUAUCGAGCAGAUCUACCAACAGUCAUGUCUUAUCAUGUUUACAUUCCUGUGGUUUCCUUUCUUUUUCAGUGCAAUGGGUCUUCCCUUUCCCACUGGCAGGAAUGUGCUCUCCAUUUUCUGAUGUGAGAGAAGCUUUUCCCACCAGGAGCCGAGGACUGAGCCCCCUAAAGACUCCAGUUGUCAAGGGCAACACCAUGAGCUUCCCACAGCUGCCCUGAGAUAGAAGCUGAAGGCUGCUUCCUUUGCUGGGAGGAAACUUGGCUUCCUCUGUGCCAGGAUGAUGGAUAACCCGGUAGGCCACAGCAGCGCCUCCUCUGCACCUUCAGCGCAGAUGAAAUAUCGAGAGGAAGAGGAGGAGGAGCGACACAGCUCAGGAAAACCCCCUCCAAAGGUCGCAUCAUGCCACGGCUGCCUCUGCUCCUGUCGUGACCUCUGACUCCUUCCAGCUACUAGACAGCCUGGCAGCACUCUGCUCACAAGUUUAAGGCUGCAGCACAGCCCACAGUGUGCAGCUUACACCAGGACGGGAUCUUCUGAAUGUCGGCCUGCACUGGUGAACUUCUGUCUUCAGGAUGUCGUGUGCCAUGACACUGAUCCAGGUUUUCAUGUCCGCUCAUGGGAAAGGGAGAGUGAUUUGGUUGUUCAUUAUGGUGGUCCCAGUCAGCUCUGCUCACCAGUUACCUCUACCUGAUGAGGGAAACAACAUCCAACCAAACAGGUCAGAAGAUCAAACAAAUAGAAAGUUGUCAAACUGUAAACAGGCAAAGGAGCAGGGAAACAAAAAUAAUGAAUAUAAUCUUUCUCUUAUUAUAGAACAUGUGUACAUGUGUAUUCAUGCUGGACAGUUAGUUCAGUCCAUUAAAUUUAAGGUAUAUAAUGACUGCUUCAACCUUUUAGUAGCUUUCACAUGUGUGUCUCUGUGUGCUUUGUUUUAUGACUGAGUUCUGACUUACCAGAGGUCUGUCUCCCUCUUGUGGUCACAGCUCAGAAGCUUUGAAGUAGUUUCUGAGACAUGAUCUUCCUUUAGUAAUUUAUCUUAUUGCCACUUAUUCUCCCAGUAGACACUAAAUUUCAUAGCUAAGAAUCCCACUGGAUACUCAUGAAGCUGCUAAAAGCAGCCCUGAAUAAUGGACGGAAAUGAGAAGAACUCCUUUUGACCUCGUUGCUAUGGAUGACGUUGACCUUUGGAUGUCUCAUAAACACGAUCUGUUGUUGAGGGACAUGUCGAUUCUUGACCUUGAGGUUGAAGGGGAUGUUUUGUUUUUUCCAACCAGUAAAGCAAGUCUAAACUCCGUACAAGAGUUGAUAUUUGACAUGAUAUUAGGAUGCUUGCAAAGAGAUAACACGCCACUCAUCCAAAAGUCAGUACUCUUUGCCCAUGCUUUUGUUGGCAAAGUCUAUAACUCACUUUUAUUUUGACUUUAUGGCACAGUAUAUCAAAACUGAACUGAAAUAAGAGUGUUUCACGUGGAGAAAGUUGAAAUGGAGCUGGACAGGUUCACCCUGGAGGUAACUGGAUGUCAGAAUCAGUUCUACUCUGCAUUAAAUAGUUUUUACCCUAUUUCUGCACCUUCUACAAAUUUCAAGGUGAAAUACUAAAGGGUAAUAUUCUGUUAAACAUCACAUUAAUUCAUUAUUUAAUUGCAGGGCCAAAGUUUUGUCAGUCUUUUUUUUAAUGUUCAGCUGUGUUUUCAAUGGUUUUAUUAAAUUCCUACCUUAAUAGGUGAGGUACUGAGGGCUACUCUUAAUAUGUUUAACAUAUUGUUGCAUCAGUUUCAGGGACCAACCAGCUUCAUGCUGGACUGACUCUUUAGCUUAUAGCUCAGCUACUGCUGCAGCAGCAGGUGUAAGGCAAACAAAGGUUUGUCAAAGCACUGCUUUUAACAUUUAAAUUCCAGUCCUCAGUGCUUCCUGAAAAUAAGAUGGUGUGAUCGCUUGGUGAAGGUUUUAGAAAAAGCUUUUGAUGCAACAGAAGUAGCAGCAGCAACGACUUCUGCAGUAGCAUUUAUGACUACUAUUAGUCAGCAGAAGACUCGAUAUUACAUCUCGUUUUUAUUGUGGCAAUAAAAUGUAUCUAAAUGAACAAACUCUACACUUUUAUAUAUGCACUGAGUAAUUCAUGUUUUUGCUAUGGUCAAUAUUUCUGCCAUUAAGGAAUUCAGGAGGCACUUCUUGGUACAUAAAAAUCAGUCACACCUUUCUGUAAAUCAUAUCGCACCAUCACUAAAUAAUUACUCUAGAGUUAAUUUAUCACCUAGAUGAUAGUGUCACCAGAAACUGAGCGGUGUACGCUUCACAGUGACAGGAUUUAUUGCUGGGCCAGGUUUUCAUUAGAUCUGAGGACGUCAUGUAACUCUGUGUAUGUGCAUGAGCCGUUUAAAUGAUUUAAAUAUGAACUCACUCAUAUUAAAAUCUAGGUGGAUCUAAACUUUCUCAGACUGUUAUGUCUGGUCACGAUCUUUUGGGCGACCCUGAAAACGCUCUUGGCACUUUGGAGUGAUCUGCGACAGCUCCUUCAGUUUUGAAAGACGACUUUUUCAGUUAAGACUUUUCGCCAAGGUGAAGGCCUGUCUCUCUCCCAAACGCUUUGAAAAAGUUAUUCAUGCACCACAGUGCCUUUAAAAAGUAUUCACACUCCUUGGAAGUUUUCUCAUUUCACUGACGCAUUCGUGAAUUUAAUUUGGCUUUUUUGACAAGCAAUUACAAAAAAUGGCCCUUUCUUGUCAGAGUGAAAACAGAUUUCUACAAAAUAAUGUCAUUGCAGUAAAAAUAUCAAAUGUAGAAUAAGUGAUUGCAUUAGUAUUCGCACCCUUCAAGCUCUUCUAUAGGCACUGCAUAUCCUCUCUUAUUUCUCUUCUAUUCUUUUGUAACUCCUUGUGAGUGUCAGGCCGUCGCCUCUUCAGCAUCUGCAGCUGCUAUAAAAUGCAGCUGCUCGUCUUUUAACAGGAAUAAGAAUGCGUGAUCAUAUAACACGAACACUGGCCUUCUUCACUCGCUUCCUGUCAGUUUCAGGAUUAAUUUUAAGAUGCGAUUAUUUCUUUUUUAAUAUUUUAAUGGGCUGACACCACCUUAAUGAGCAGAACUCUUGCAUGAUCACACUGCAGUUAUAGCGCCAACCAGAUCUUCUUGGAUUUUCUGACAUCUAGUCACAAAAACAGAGAAGAUUGAGCAUUCAUUGUAGGUGUGUCUAAACUCUGGAACACUUUACCAUUUUCAUGAAACAACUGCUCAGAGUAAAACCUUUUAAACCACUGCUAAAGACCCCCCUCUUCUCUUGGCAUUUGAUUCAACAAAAGCUUGACUUCAUCUAUUGUGUUGUGACAUUUUGCUCUUUAUAUAUAUUUGUCUUUUAUGUAGAUAUAUGUUCUAGUUAUUGUAUUUUAUGGCCUACUGUUCUAGUUGUGCAACAGUUUAGUUCAGCCGUCCUCUGACAAUAUUUUCUUCCUGGUCGAUACUGUAAAACUAUACUGUUGGAGUUUUAUGGUAUAUGAUAUACCCUAAAAGUGAGUCCAGUACUUUAACUGUAAUGACAUAUUCAACCCCUCAUCAUCCACAUUGUUUCUGAUGCCUUGGAGCAUUGUGUGUUAAAUGACUUACAAAAGACAUGGAAACAUUUCAUAAGAUACGUCCUAUGGUCCCAAUACAGCGACUGACCAAAUAUACUCAGCAGAAACUCAAGAGUAAAUAUUUGUUUCUUCCUUCUUAGAGACACAUUACUUUAUUUGUCUGACCCUCGGGGCUCAGCCAAAGGAGACUAACUGUUGAAAAACAAAUAUCUGAAAAAAGAGGGAUGAAAAACUAGUUUCUGACAAAAGAAGUCAAUACAGUUGAAAUUAAGUCACAGUUGAGGAAGACAGACAAAAAAUGAGGAACUGACAGUUAAAAACAACAUAAACUGGGAUAUGAAAAGCUAAUUACUUUAUUGAAUGUUUCAGUGAAUUAAUUCAAUAACUGAUUGUCAGUAUCACUGAAACUUGUACACCUUUUAAAGUGAGAUAUUUAAGCUACUUUAGCAUCAAAAUAUUUUAGGAUUUCAAUGUAACUCCAUGUUGUUUCUCAGCCAGCAUUGAAAGAAUUCAGCUUAGGAUACUUUAAUUUUGUUAUGUUGCCCCUAAACCCCCAACUUUCUAACAGCACACUUCAAAUCCUGUAAAGUGGUAUAAUUAUUUCACUUUUGUUUUCAGUGGAAAUCACAAUGAAAUAUUUAGAUUUAAUCAAAAUCAGUUUGGAACAGUCAGUGACAUCUCCCUUUUUAAAGCAUACUUUUAUUGGGGAGCCUUUCCUGUUUUUACUCGAGUAGUGAUUUCUUUUCAACUGUCUAUUUUCUUUUAUUAAUAUUUUAACCUUUCCCUAGAGGAUACUGGUUUUAUUGAGAUUUUAAAAUCUCGUCUGAUUUAUCUGCUACUUUGUGACUCGGUUGUUAAAAAUUGUCUUUUAUUAAUUUGAGUCUUCCUGGCAGCUGAAGGGGACAUAAAUAUGAACGCACUCAGCCAGCUCUAUUGGACUGUCUACAACCUGAUCUCAUCUAAAUUCAUAUAGCAAUCGAAAUCACCGCCAACCCCGAAUUUGCUAAACCUCUCCCAGAAACACUGAUUGUCCACUCAAGAGUCUUGAAGCAAACAGCCUCAACAGUCCUGUUAAGUUUUUGGUUUGUCCAGACUUUCAACUACUGAGGCUGCAAUAAAAGAGAUCUUGUUUAUAGAAGAGAUUGAAUGAUUAUGUCUUUAUUGGCCUUCCCAAAAGCAAAAGUCAAACAGCAAAACUGUAAUGAAUGGAUUAACGGUGCAUUUGUUUGUUUUUACAUAAGCUUUAAACCCACAGUGACAUCCUGGCAUUACUUCUAUGGUCAAGGAGCACAUUGUUAACUCACUGCCUUUGUUUGUGGGGUUGAAAGUUUUGUUUAAAAAACUAUUGCGAUUAGAUUUGUCAAGUUUUAGUUUAGUGUCACAGAGUAAUAGAUUUAAUACAUGAAGGUGAGAUAGCAUCAAAAGUGUGACUGCAACACAAAGAAUAGCAUCAAUUUGUAAAACAGCACAAUUUAGAAUCUGAGUCAAAUGUAGCACAUAAUCAUUUUCAGCGUUUUAAAUUUGACACUGAUUAUUUGUUGAGCCCCUUUUCACUGUAAAGCUCUUUAUCUAUUAUCUUAUUUUGCUCUGAUUGAAAUGAUAAGAUUUGGAUGAGCUCAGCUCCAGUGGGCUUCUUCCCAUUUUCGCCGCCGAUUGUCUCAUCAGUGUUUGACAUCAGUGAACAAAAGCAAAAUCAAAUACAGAACUGUUCUUGGUGUGACAAUGUGUCCAUACGCAGUGCUGUUUCUCACAAAGUAGCAGAGUGUGGAAAGUUUUCAUUGGAUGAGCUACAGCCACAGUGCAAACAUCACAUAAAUAUACUCAACUCAGAAGUGCAUAUAUUUGUGAAACCAGCCAGAAAGUCAGUUUUCCCAAUUCCAGUGGAUCCUGUCAACAUUAUUUACACUUGACAAGGACUGCAAACUAAAGAAUAUGAGGCGCCAAGUUGUGUUCUUGGUCUUUGCUUUUGUGGCUGUGAUCAGUGCAGCACCAGCACAAAACAAUCCUACUCAAGCUUCUGAUCCUGCCAACACGGAAGAAGUCAUUGCUGAUGAGCCAAAGCAGGAUGCGGUUGUAGCUGAAAAGCCAAAGAAUGACAUGGAAGAGCCCGAGAUGGACGCUUUGCAAGAUGAGGCGCUCAUGAACAAAGAGCUGGGAGAUGAUGUGCUCAACGCAGAUGCUUUGGAAGAUGAGGAGUUUAUGAAGAAGGCGUUCAAAAAUGAAGUGCUCCAGGGAAAUGCUUCUGAAGAUGAGUUUAUGACGGAGUGUGAAGACGACAUGCUCAUGUUGAUGCUGUUGGAUCUCGAUGGAGAAGAUGAGGCAGCCUUGGCUUGAUUCCAGCUCAUGGCCAUUUGCUGUGUCUGUUUUUAUUAUGAAAGUGUUAGUGAAAGAAUUUUCUUUGUCUGCUGUGAGUAACUGCAAUAAGUCAAGCCACAGUUUGUUUAAUUGAGAGGUUUAUUUGCGAGAGAGGGAUCUGAAUGUUCCUCAGUCAGUGAUCACCACAUCUUGUUUUAUUUUUAAUAUAUAACUUGACCAUGUGUCACACAGCCGUCUGUCAAAUAUUCUGUGGUCACAAUAUGCACCUCUCAUCUGAUCUGUUUGUCUUCUUAAAUGUUAAGGAAGACAGAGUUAUCGCCCAAAACGAUGAUGUACAACUGAACAUCCCAUAGAAAACUCUGACCUUCCAGAGAACACAACAUACAGACCACAGGGUGAGGAACAUGUCAGCCUCUUUUCCUCCAGAGUGUCUGAGAAAUGCAUCGUAUCCAUAAAUUCAUGUGCAUGUUUAUCUGCUCUGUCUCUGCAGUGAGACAACACUACAGGGAUCAUACUCAUCAUUACAGUAAAGGGAAGUAAAGACUUGUGACCGCAUGAAAUAAAAGGUUUUUCUCAGUUUCAAUAGCA